GGGAAGAACGCGGGAGAGCUUGCAGCCUGCAAAGGCUGGUUUUCCAAAUCCGGAGGGAAAAAAACCCCCCAACAACUUAGAUACAGGCAGUCCUUGACUUACAACAAAAAUGGGGCAGAACUCACUUAAGGACUGCCUCGCUUAAGGACUGCCUCACUUCCCCAGAUAUAUUUCUGGGCUCCGUUGGGGUGGUAAGUGGAGGGAAACCUGUAUGUGUUCCUAAUGCCACCUUGUGGCCAGAAAUGAGGGCUGUAUUGUUUUCCACGCACCACACACACACACACACACACACACACACAACACACGCCAGUCACCUUGAAACAAGGGAAGGUCAGGCUUGCUUUGUGCGGCAAAGCCAACAGGAGGAUCCCCUCUUCCAAGGCCGGCUUUCCACCACCGAGUUUUUCCAAGCCGGUUCCUUUACUGCCAAGUGGGAAGCCCAAAGCAGCCACGGGCUACUUGCUUACCAAAUUUUUUAAUCUGGAACUUUUCUGACUAACUCCGCGGAGCUGCCUGCUCCCCUGGGAUCGCACCAAGUCUGCCAGACAGUGCAGGGAAGGGGAGCCUCGCCACCUUUGCACUGUCAAGGCUGUAGGCAUUUCCGGGCGCUCUUCCUUGCAAGGGGCGCGACGGCUCCCAGGUCCCUCCGGAUCGGCCACAGCCACUUCUGCGGAGAGGGGUGAUGGACACCUGGAAGGGAGGCUUCCCGGAUCACCGUUGCCUUCCCGGCUAGACCGGUCAAACGGGAGCCUGGUUUUAAUUUCCAGUCUUUUAAGGUGCAAACGGUGCAGCACGUGUACCCGGCCGAAGUCCAGUACAUCGAGGGAGGAGAGGCCGUCUACGCCAACGGGACUCUGCGCGCCACCUACACCUACAACACCGAAGCCCAGAUUUACGCCCCCGGAAGCGCCUCGGCCUACUUUGAGCCGGCGGGGGGCAACGCUCAGGUGAGCUCGGGGGCUUCCUCCCCCACCGCCCUCCCCUCCCACGGCAUGGUGGGCCUCGCCUUGGACAGCGGGGGCAGCAGCCAGAUCGUCACCAGCUCCGGCACCUAUCUCAUCCACGGCGGGAUGGAGAACACCCGGCACACCUUGUCGCACACCUCCCGCUCCUCUCCGGCCACGCUCGAAAUGGCCAUUGAAAACCUCCAAAAAAACGAAGGCAUUACGUCGCACAAAAGCACCCUCCUGAACAGCCAUCAGUUGCAGUGGCUGCUGGACAACUACGAAACGGCCGAAGGGGUCAGCCUGCCCCGCAGCUCGCUCUACAACCAUUACCUGCGUCACUGCCAGGAGCACAAGCUGGAUCCGGUCAACGCCGCUUCUUUCGGGAAGCUGAUUCGCUCGGUCUUCAUGGGCCUGAGGACACGUCGGCUGGGCACCAGGGGGAACUCCAAGUACCAUUACUACGGGAUCCGUCUCAAGCCAGAGUCGCCCCUGAACCGCUUGCAGGAAGAUGCUCAGUACAUGGCCAUGAGGCAGCAGCCGGCCCACCAGAAGCAGAGGUACCGGCCUUCCCAGAGGUUGGACGGUGCAGCUGAGGGAGGGGCCGUCAGCUCCCCCACCCCGGAGGAGUCCGUGGCCGCCCAGUGUCAGCACCACCAGCAAUACAUCGAUGUCACUCACGUCCUGCCCGAGUUCCCAGUCCUGAAUCCGGACACCGUCCUCCUGCAGGAGGGGAUCGAGACCAGCGACCUGCAGGCUCUGGAGCUCUUCUACCGCCGGCAUUGCGAGGCCAACGUCGAGGUGGUGAUGAGCCUCCAGCUGCCCUUCCUAGAGAAACUCUGGCGUUCCUUCUGGAAUUCCGAAUCCCUUCCGGGCCGGACGGGCACCGGCACCCCCGGGGCUUCCAGCGAAGAACCCUACGAAGCCGUCCUCCCCCGACACAAACUGAUGGCCCUCUGCAAGUACGAGCUCGUCCUGGCCUGGAUGCGAAGCUGCGACAACCUCUUGUACCAAACCCUGGUGGAGAUCCUGAUCCCGGACGUCCUCCGGCCGGUUCCCGGCACCUUGACCCAAGCCAUCCGCAACUUUGCCAAGAGCCUGGAGAGCUGGCUGAUGGGCGCCAUGAGCGAGUUCCCGCAGCCCGUGGUGCAGAGCACGGUGAGCGUAGUGAGCGCCUUUGCUCAGACCCUGCGCAGGUACACCUCUCUCAACCACCUGGCCCAGGCCGCGCGGGCCGUCCUCCAGAACACCUCCCAGAUCAACCAGAUGCUCAGCGACCUGAACCGGGUGGAUUUUGCCAACGUCCAGGAGCAAGCCUCCUGGGUCUGCCAGUGCGAAGAGGGCCUGGUGCAGAAACUGGAGCAGGAUUUCAAGGUGACGCUGCAGCAGCAAAGCUCCCUGGACCAGUGGGCCAGAUGGCUGGACGAGGUGGUCACCCAGGUGCUGAAGCCGCACGAGGGCGCGCCCAGCUUCCCCCGGGCGGCCCGCCAGUUUCUGCUGAAGUGGUCCUUCUACAGUUCCAUGGUGAUCCGCGACCUCACCUUGCGCAGCGCCGCCAGUUUUGGCUCCUUCCACCUGAUCCGUCUCCUCUACGAUGAGUACAUGUUCUACCUGGUGGAGCACCGGGUGGCCGAAGCCACGGGGGAGACGCCCAUCGCCGUGAUGGGAGAGUUCAGCGACCUGGCCUCCCUGUCUCCGGCUAUGCUCGAGAAAGACACUUUCGGCGCCCUAGGGCACGAGGCCGGAGCUUGCAAGCCCCAGGUGAAGCGCGAGCACAGCGACCCCGGCCCGUCCUUGCAGGAGAUCUAGCCUCCGGCCGAUGGGCAGGUCCUGUGCCCCUCAACCCCGACUCUGCCGAGAGUGCCAAGGCUUUCCGAGUGAUGCCCUGUGAGGACUCCCGGUCCUUACAGAUGACGUUGUGCCUCUUGAUUCCGUCUCGUGUUUACGGGUCUUCGCCAAAGACGGGCCGGUGUCCAGCAAAGACAGAGAAGGUCCUCGGCAGUCGGCCCGGUCCUUCUCUUUGCAAGGGCCCCCGGCCAGCUCUCCUUCACCCACCCCCAACCCCCGUCCUCCCUCCUGCUCUUUCUCUCUGCCUUAACUGACUCCACUCACCGAGGGGAAAACCUGCCGAGGUGCCACUGUGAUCCAAGUCUAUACGUGUCAAUUUUGCGCCUCGUGAGAGAAAGGGGGGUUCGUCCGGCGUCCUCGCCGACUCUUGCUAAAUAAAUUGACACUGUGGCCAAUCGUGA